CGCGUGAAUUUCGCAACCGUGGUAGUUCCAUUUACGUUCAUUGCGGGCUGCGCAUGUUGGAAACACGAUUGCUGAAGAUCGCGUCGAGUGGGCCUGUACUCCGCCCUCGUCGCUGCAAUUUUCGAGUUCAGUGGAGCGCUUGAUUUAUGUUCUUUUCACGAAUCUCGAUUACAUGCUUCGUCUUUGAAUUCCAAACUGUACAGAGAAUCCAUGCACUUAUCUUCACGGAUCGAACCCUUAUGGAUCCAAGGCCAGCUAGAUAUGUGUAUCUAAUUGGUAUAUGUUGAUCGGCCCGUGAAUGAACUGGUUUGAUUUCAAGUGCUCUGAUUAACUUCGAGUCAGUUCCCCCGCGAGUUCUUCACCUUGGCAGUUUGUAUUUGAUAAUCAUGGCCUCAUAAUUGACUCCGAAAGCGAGAGUGUUAGAUUUGGGCAGAUCUUUGUUCAUCUCUGUUCUGCAUCUAGAGUUCGGAGGCUUUAGUAUCAUCGAUGUACAAGUCAGGGGUGAAGUAGCACAGGAGGGCCACAAUGAAUGCGAUUAGCUCUUGUGAUCAGAAAUCCAUAAAUUGCCCCGCGGACUCAACUGCGUCUGAUUGCAUACUGGCCCCGUGCAGGUAGACCAUCAUUCCCAAUGUACAUAUAAACACUUCUGAAAUCCGAGUACAUUCAUUCCGAGCUGAGCAUCAUCAACUGGCAGACAGAGUGUUCCUCAGCGCGCCUUAUCAGUGGUAAAGGCUUUCGGAGUUUAUGGGAGAAGUUAUUCAUAGCUUUUCUCCAGUGACCGAACAUGAAGAAAGACUCGGGAUUCUUGGUGACAGUGUUGACACUGCUGCUAGUAAGUGGAGCUCAGGCGAAGGAUGUAAGUGAGGGGAGGGGCUUCGAACAUGACGUGCCCGCUAUAUUCAGCUUCGGAGACUCCACUACAGACCCCGGGAACAACCAGUUCAUCGCUAACCCAGGGGCCGCAUUUCUUGCCAACAUCACUCCGUAUGGACAAAGUUUCUUCGACCGACCCACUGGACGCUUCAGCGAUGGACGAGUAUGGGUCGAUUUGCUGGCCCAAGGCCUCGGCCUUCCUGUUACGGCGGCUUAUCAGAACCCUGCCACUAGGGACUACACCAAAGGAGUGAACUUCGCUUCCGGUGGGAGUGGCAACUUUGAAACCACCAAAACCAACCUUGAAGCCAUCUUCGGAGGUCGUACGGUGACCAACAUUCUUGAGCAGCUGGAGCAAUUUCGACUGGUGAAGUCUAAACUGAUUGGCUGCCUCGGACAGAAACAGGCAGAGGUUCUGCUAGAUCGCUCACUCUAUGUCAUCAGCUCAGGAGCAAAUGACAUUGCUUGGGGCUACCUGCUGAACACGACCAUGCAGCAGGUGUACAGUCCCGACGUCUACACCACCAGAAUCAUAAACGCGACCUACGAUACCGUUCUGGCUUUGUACGCAGAGGGUGCGAGGAAGUUCAUCAUCAAUGGGCAGAACCCAAUCGGUUGUACUCCAGCAAAUGUGGGAAGGAACGACGGAACGUGCUUCGAGCCUGCCAACGCUUUGUGCAGGCUCGUCAAUUCCAAAUUGCCCGCCCUGCAACAGCGUCUCUCACGAUCCUGCCCGGGGUCGUUCGUUGUCUACACUGACAACUACAAGUUUCUCGAGGGAAUUGUCAAAAGUGGAUCGGCAUACGGCUUCACAAAGGGCUCAGUAGCAUGUUGCGGAACUGGACCUUACAACGGUGAUGUGGGUGGAUGUGGGGCACUUGAUGCCAACGGAGCUCCCGUCUACAAUCUGUGCUCGAAAGAGUCGCUUGGCGAGUACUUGUACUGGGAUUAUGCCCACUUCACAGAGAAGGUCAACAAGCUUCAGACUGGAUUCUACAUAUAUGGGCGUCAGUUUGUCAAGCCUUUUAACGUCAGCACCCUGGCCCGAUCCUAACCCAUAUGAUUCAGCAGUCUUUCCGAUUUGCGACUCAGAAAUUUGAGGACUGCAGAUUUAUCAGAUCUGAAGUUGAUGGACAGAUAGUGAGACCUGUGGUAACGAGUUCCCGAUCUGAAUUGACUUCUCUCAUGAGCAGCUGUUCGGUGAAGAGGGUAUCCAACCGAGAGGAUCGGGUUGCAUCUACAAAAGCCCAAAUCAGAGAUAGAAUCUGCGCCUCGGUGGCAAUUGGAAACCUCCUUCUCGGGAGAUCAGAAGAGCCUUCCGAAUGAACUCCAAGUUCAGCGCUCCGUCCAGAUUUGCAGCUGAGUCUCGGUCGAUCUCAGAGGACUCUGGAACCUCUGAAAUCAACCCUGGCUGCGCCUAUCAAGUUGAGGGUAGUUCAUCAUUACCCACGAGUUUACCAUUCCCACGGAACGGAGCGGGUAGUGCAUAGAAGUUCUUUUGGUUAGAAUAUUUUACACUGCGAAGUGCAAAUCUUGUGACACAAAUUUAAACUUCAGAAGAAUUCUAAGUCAUUUCCUGGCAUACGCUUAGAACUCGUAUGAGAUAUAUUGUAUACUUUAAAGCUGGAAUACCACAAGGAGAGCUGCCUGCCACCUUAUGCCACUGUAACAGGUAUUGGGAAGUGGAUAGUAGAAAUUUUUCAUAUCCGGAGUUUGUAUUUAGCUUAGGAGCUACGAUACAGAACUUGUAAUCACGAAACUCUACUGAAAAGUUAUAUUCAACUUUGAAUAAUUAAAACUUCAUCAGC